UUAUUGCCUGCGCCUAAUUGCUUUUGCGGUACCUGCUUUUCCCCGAAUUUCAAAAUUGGACGCUGCUGGCAACGCUGCCACGCUCACACACACGCACACCCACACAGUGAGGGGAGAGCAAGAGAGCGGCUGUCAUUCUCUGUUGCUCCGCUGCCUGGGAAUGUCGUUGUCGUCGGUGUCGGUGUAUUUUUAAUCGCUUUUCUCGCCUUCGCCUAGCCCCAAAAUAUUAUUAUUAACCAGAAAAGCGCCCUGCCGAAUAUCCAUGAUUUAUUGUUUAUAUAAUGCGCGCAAACUAAUCACGGAUUCGUUUCCAUUUCCACAGCACUAGUGAGCAGUGAGUGAGAAAGAGAGAGAGCGGAGAGAAUUCCAAACUGCCUGUGUGUGUUGUGCAGUGCGAGUGUGUGUGUGUGUGGUGCAUCAAGGCUGAUAAUACUAAAUCUAAAACUAAAACUUAAAUUAAAAUAAACUCCAAAAGCGUUAGCAAUUACGCACAAAGCAGCAGCAGCAAUAUACAACACAAAAUGGAAGCGAUUGCCAAACACGAUUUCUCCGCGACGGCCGACGACGAGCUGAGUUUUCGCAAAACUCAAAUCCUAAAGAUAUUAAAUAUGGAAGAUGAUUCAAAUUGGUAUCGCGCCGAACUGGAUGGAAAGGAAGGCCUCAUACCCAGUAAUUACAUAGAAAUGAAGAAUCACGAUUGGUACUAUGGCCGGAUCACACGCGCGGAUGCCGAGAAGCUACUGUCGAAUAAGCACGAAGGCGCCUUUUUGAUACGCAUCAGCGAAUCCAGUCCCGGCGAUUUCUCCUUAUCAGUCAAAUGCCCAGAUGGUGUUCAGCAUUUCAAAGUUCUGCGCGAUGCCCAAAGCAAAUUCUUUCUCUGGGUGGUCAAGUUCAACUCCCUCAACGAACUGGUCGAAUAUCAUCGGACGGCGAGCGUGUCCCGGUCGCAGGUUGUCAAAUUGCGUGAUAUGAUACCUGAAGAGAUGCUCGUGCAGGCGUUGUACGAUUUUGUGCCACAGGAAUCCGGCGAAUUGGACUUCAGACGCGGCGAUGUCAUCACCGUCACAGAUCGCUCCGACGAGAACUGGUGGAACGGCGAGAUCGCCAAUAGGAAAGGAAUCUUCCCAGCAACUUAUGUGACGCCAUAUCAUUCAUAAUAAGAUAACUUCUAAGGAGGGACGCCACACACACCGCUUCCCCUUCCCCGCGGAAACCACAACACACACCCAUAACGAUUAGACAGCAUCAUCAGCAACUGCAAUAACAGCAAGAGGGACAUAAAUUCUGUAGACAACGUAUACAACACAAGUUUAAGCCUAAAGCCGAAUGCAUUUUUUACGUUUUGACGUUUUUUGAUAAAACAUUACAGUACGAUAACAUUACAACAUCGUUUAAUAGCAACUGAGUGACACUUUAAACUAGAUAUGUAAAUUUAUUUGUGUAUAUAUAGCUGCGGCCGAAUAAAGCAUUUGAUCCGAGUUUUCCUUUGACAUCUUCUGAGACAGAGGGCGAAACUCAUUGCUAAUAACUUGACCGCAACUAUAGGCAUAUGCAAGUAUGUCUACAUACCAGAUGGCACUAUUAUUAUAAUUGUAAACAAACGGAUUUUUGAUAUAAAUAUAUAAUUUAAGUUCGAUAAAGAGAAUAUUUGUCCUGUGCUUCGAAACGAGUGUUGAGGAUUGCCCUAAAUGUGCUCUUUAGUUUAUUUGAUGUUUGACGGAGUGCGUUUCAAAGCGAGUAAACACUUAUAUUAAUAUGAUUAUAUUAUAACGAAUUACCAACCAACCUUAUGCUUAACACGUUUUAUAGAAAACAAAACAAAUUCACUAUGAAAACUAAACGUUUGCCUAAAUGUCUCAAAGCUGAAGACAAUUAAAACAAAAUUUAUAUUAUAUUAUCGUAAAUGCCUACCACGUAAAUUAAAUUAAUUUUUGCAUCGCUGGUUACUAUUUGCAUACAUGCACGCAUCUAUAAUUAAAUAUGUAUCUUCAUAAUGCCAAACGAACGAUAUUAGGCCUCGGCUGCACAUGCACUUUUUGCGGCGACUGUAACUAAAUUAUAUGUGAAAUUUUGUCCCCUCAUUUUUAAAUUGAAAAUUGUCAAUAAUUUAUCUAUCUCGCUCGCUGUCUUUUUUUAUUGUUUGCAUCCCGUCUUCUGACCGCCAACUCGAUUAUAGACGAAAAAUAAAUCAUAAAAAUGAAAGGAAACAUUUGUGACAUGUGUAAAAAGUUUCAAACUGCAGCUAUAUCAUAUUGUGCUAUAAAUUAUUACUACUACUAUUUAUAAUUGGUUGAGUGUGCUGUGUGUAACCUUUUUUGUCAUCAGCAAAGCGAAAUAGUUGCACGUUUAAGCGUUUUUCAACUACAUAACUAUAUGCAUAAACAAUGUAAUGAGAGUUGCCAAUAUAAAGUAAUUUAAACAACAACAAAAUGCUAAAACGAAACAUUUUAAGCCUAUUUUUUUAUCUAUAUAUAUUAUAUAUCGAAGCAAAUACAUUUAUACAUUUUCCUAAUAUCCACCAAACUAUGAACACGACGACGAUGCCUCAUGGAAACAACACAUCAAAAAUAACUUUUGAUAGGCCAUAGUUUACAUAAGCCGCAAUCUAUAUUGGCCAGCAGCUGGACGCACGACAGUUUUGUACUUUUUGAGCAUAUUUGCAGGCGUUGGCGAACAUUUCUCGGCCCAGAACCAGUAGUAGCCGCAUAUUUAAACUUAAAUUCUAAUCUUAACAAUAAAGCAGGCAAAUGACAAGGUUUAGAUAUUAACUAACAAGCGAAUACACAAAUGAAACAUUGCAUACGGUAUGUUAAGUUGAGGACGUAGUUUAAGCAACAAACUGAUUUAUCUAAUAAACUAUGAUAUAUAAAAUUGAA